AUGGCUUCGCUAAGGCGCCCGCGAGAGCCCCUGGUAACCAUUAUUGGCACCACCGGCACGGGCAAAUCUGACCUUGCAGUGGAUCUGGCCCUCAGAUACAAUGGGGAGAUCAUCAACGCAGAUGCGAUGCAGAUGUAUAGGGGCCUGCCCGUGAUCACGAACCAGAUAUCGGUCGAGGAACAGCGCGGCAUCCCACACCAUCUGCUCUCUCACAUCGACCCGCUCGAUCCGACAUGGACCAAUGGGCUUUUUGCACGAGAAGCUCAGAGACUCAUUAAAGAAAUCCGCAGCAGGGGCAAGCUGCCGAUUGUGGUUGGAGGCACUCACUACUACGUGCACGCCUUGCUUUUCGAGGGUUAUCUCCUUGAGUCAAAUGCGGUCGAGCCAGCAGAAAUCCGAUUUCGUUCCCAGCAUGAAAACUGGUCUCAGUUUCCUAUUCUCAACAAGCCUACCCAUGUCAUGCAUGAAAAGCUGCGCGAGGUUGACCCCGUGAUGGCCGAGCGCUGGCACCCCGAUGACCGGCGCAAGAUAAAAAGGUCGCUAGAGAUAUACCUCACAACGGGCAAGCGAGCAUCGGAUAUAUAUGCCGAGCAGCAGAAAGCGAAACUAGCUACUAGCGAUGCGAGAGGCCCUUGGGAAACACUGGUGUUUUGGACAUACUCGGAGACCGACACGCUGAGAGAGCGGCUCAGCAAGCGCGUGGAAAAGAUGGUCCAAAAUGGCCUUAUGGAUGAAGUGAAGACCAUGCAUCGUCGUCUUCACGAGUGCGCUGAGAAGGGGGAGGUUGUUGACCGAAUGCGUGGCAUCUGGCAAUCGAUUGGCUUUAGGCAGAUGGAAGCUUUUCUUAAUGGCGAACUCGAUAAUGACGCUCCAGAGAUUCUGCAGAAGAAGAAAGAGACUGGGUUGGAAGAAAUCAAUGUCGCCACGAGACAGUAUGCAAGAUAUCAGUUGCGGUGGAUCCGCCGCGAAACGUUGAAGGCGCUCAAAGAACACGAUGCGAUGGGCUCGCUUUACUUACUAGAUAGCACGGAUGUAAACAAUUUCUCUACAAACGUACUGGAUCCGGCGGCCGAUAUAUGCCGACGGUAUCUUGCGAACGAAGAACGGCCGCAGCCGGUGGAGAUAUCCGAUACAGCGCGUGAAGUGCUGACGGCGUUUGAAAAUGAGAGCCGAGCCGGUCAAACCAUCUUCAAGGUCAAGAAAUGCGACCUGUGCGACAUGAGUAUGGUGGGUGAAGACGAGUGGAUCAAACAUGUUAAGGGAAAGAAACAUCGACGUGUCCUGAGGAUGCAGAAACGGCUUGCUUUGGUGCCUGUGGAAGUUGAAGCGCAGCCUGUUGAGGAGACUUGCGAUGUAGAUGCUGAGGUGUACGAAGUUGAGCGACCGUCCACGGGAUCCUAG